GUGACAUGAGAGAUGACAUGACUGACCUGCAAGUCAACGGGAAUGCUGGCCAUUAUCCUCUGGAUGUAGAGGAGGUUGAAGAAGACUCUAGUGCACAACUUAACAUGCGUGGAGUUUUUCUGCAUGUUUUUGGAGAUGCCUUAGGUUCAGUAAUUGUGGUAGUGAAUGCCUUGCUCUUCUAUGGGUUGUGGAAUCCAUGCCCUCAAGAUGGGCCUUGCUUUAAUCCAUGUGUCAAUAAUCAUUGCAUGGAAAAUGCUACUUUAUCCCAAACACUUGGCAGAGCUAACAGGUCUGAGCAAGAGAGCAUUACUGUGGCUGGUCCUUGCUGGUUGCUAUAUUUAGAUCCUGUCCUGUGUUUGAUUAUGGUCUGUAUACUCCUUUACACAACUUACCCACUGCUUAGGGAGUCAGCCCUUAUCCUUCUGCAGACUGUUCCGAAACAAAUAGAUGUUCAUUCUUUGAACUCCAAGUUACGUACCCUGGAAGGAGUUGAAGCAGUCCAUGAACUACACAUCUGGCAGCUAGCAGGCAGUAGGAUCAUUGGCACUGCUCACAUCAAGUGUCCUGACCCUUCGACAUACAUGAUGGUGGCAAAGCGCAUAAAGGAGAUCUUCCAUGACGAAGGGAUUCACGCGACGACCAUUCAGCCUGAGUUUGCCAGCGUUGGCUCCGAGUCAGGGAGAGGGAAAUGCGAGUUGCCUUGCAGGACGCAGUGUGCUUUGAAGCAGUGCUGUGGAACAGGAGAAGAUAGUAUUGCAAAGAAGACAGAAAAAUCUUCGUCACUUAGUAUUUCUUGUUCAGAAGUUGUCAUUGAAUUCCAGAAAACGAGGAGGACUAAGUCGGAGAGCAUCCCCUCAGUGAAGCUAGAGGCGAACACCGAUCAAAACGAGCAGUUCGAGUCGUCUUUGUAACGCCCCGAAGGGUGCUGCUGCCUGAGCUGUAGUGACUUUGUCAACAGCUGUGUUGCAAGAGGAAGAGACAGACGUUUGAGAUGCAGUUUUGCCAAGUAGUGUAAUUGCUGAAGUUCUUGUUCUUGUCAUAUUGCUAAAUAAUAGGAUGCCUGUUUUAAAGAGUAUAAUGUCAUUGUCAUGAUACAAUGUGUUUGUGUUGACUUGGUUUGACUGAGACAGACAGAAAGUGCACCGAUGCUGUAACAACUUCAGAAAACCAGUUUCAACAUUUCAGCAGAGACUUUUUGCUGUGCUUCAAAUUAAGAUUUUUUUUUUCCAGUCAAAAGGUAUUUGAGGGAUAAGCAUGUAGGAACUCAAAUUUGUGUUACAGAUUUCUUGGACCUACUUUUUCCUUUAAUAUUUGAUUUGUAGAUAUUUUAAUAUAUUGUUUAUUUAGAAGCCCUGAGAAUACCAAAGUUCACAGAACAUUUUUAAAGAUAUAACUACUAAAAACUGGAAACCACUUUGCAGUUUCAUGUAUUUUUCAUAAAGCUAUAUAAAAUAAUAAAUGUGAAGGCUUUUCUAAUGAAUUUAUCACAGCAUACUUUAAAGAGAACAUCAUGUGAUUGUUAGAAAUUGUCCCCACUCAGAGGAGGUAAUUAAUGGAUAUGAAAGGGUUAUUUUCUAUCAGAAUGGAAAUUCAGGCUACUGUGUACUGCUCCUUGAUCAAGCCAUGAGGCUGACUGAUAAAGUAACACAUAACUU